AUGGAGGCAGUAUCAGUCAGGGGUGGUGGCACUAUCAGUCAAAGAUUGAGGCAGUAUCAGUCUGAGAUGGAGGCAGUAUCAGUCAGGGGUGGUGGCACUAUCAGUCAAAGAUUGAGGCAGUAUCAGUCUGAGAUGGUGGCAGUAUCAGUCAGGGAUGGAGGCAGUAUCAGUCUGAGAUGGUGGCAGGAUCAGUCAGAGAUGGUGGCAGUGCUACGUGGUUCUGCGAAGAAGAACAAGCGGAUUCACCACCACAGCGCCGGGAACUCUAUAGAUGGGCCGGCCCCGCAGACUCCCCCGUCCCCGGACCUCCGUGCACUCUCACCGGAAGAGCUGGCGGUGCUUAAGGGUGUCCUCAGGAGGCAAGAGGAAUUCGAGGCAGAGGAAAUAGACAGACAACGGAAGCUGCGAGAUUCUCUUAUGACAUUUGAAGAUGAGGUCAAGCGCCACGCGAGUCAAAAGAGUCGCCUCAAGCACGUGGACUUAAGACUGUGUCGUCUGUGUUACAAGACCAAGUUUGCAGACGGAAUAGGGCGCGCUUGUUACGACUGCCAUAAACGGGUCUGCAACAGAUGUGGCUCAUUCUCCAAGCCUACAUGGAAUAUAAAGAAAAACAAAACUGUUAAAGGUAAAUGGCGCUGUACCAUGUGUCAAAUGAAGCGUGACGUGGUCGCAAUGACAGGAAUCUGGUACCAUGGCAACGAAGGUCACUCCCGGACUCAGAGCACCAAGUUCAAAUCAAAACUCAGCCAUUCAGAAAUGGAAUCAUCAGAAACGGACGGACACGGACGCCACUGGGAGAUGGGAAUACCAGCGGGAGAAGAAAGCGGUGACCAUGAAGAUUCGGACGUUUUCUCCGAGGGAGCCUUGCCACCAAGCCAUCGUCGACACUUGAGGCGAAGCUCAACAAAGACUGUUUCCCGGCGGCGGAGUGCGUCUCAAUCAGAGGCGGAUGCAGCAGAGGAUGAUAACGAUGUCGAGGAUGAGAUUGAUGACGAACAGUUCUUCCGGGAGCGGCAGUUGUGCCGGAUGGAGCGACAGAAUCGCCGUUCACGGCGCAAGGCACGAACGGGGAACAGCACUGAAUGGAGUUUGGACAGCCCAGAAGAAGUGAGCUACGACAGAAACCUUGACCUUUCAGGCAGCGAGACGUUUGUCAAUGGUUACAGUACGGAUAACUACCAUUCAAGUGACCAAAACCUUACCACCCAGAGUGACACCUCGCCGUUUUUGAAACGAUCUUACCGGGGAUACAGUUAUAAAACUCGCGACGCCGAGGUUGACGCAUUGGUUGCUGAAAGCGUCCGGCGCCUCUCCGUCGUUGCCAGGAAGGAAAAUACUGGUGAGCGCUUUCAGAAGGACAAUGGUGAGCGCUUUCGGAAGGACAAUGGUGAGCGCUUUCGAAAAGCGGUUCAUACAGUAAUGCGGAAGCAGCGCUCUGAUGAUCAUGAAAAAGACGUUGGUGCUUUACAAAAACGUCAAACAAUUCAAGGCAGCCGAAGCCAGAGCUUGGAGUCCGAGAAAAUCAAACCGCGGCGCGGAAUAAGGCAGUAUCUAUCUAGUGACAAUAAUGACACUUCACGUGUGAUAGCCUGUGAUGAUCGAAAUCAAAAACAUACGGUGCCUUUUGAUAAAUCAAGCUCAAAAUACAAAUGUGACACACACGAAACAUCUGCUCACGUCUCAAAUUUUGAUCACGGCCAUUCAAAACAUUACCGUGAUUACAAUGUAGCACAUGGACAUAUUAGCCCACAUGAUACAGUUACCAGUAACCCACGGGAAGCACGUCAUUCACGUAGCUCAUGCACGUCCGUAGAGUCCUCGGACGCUCAUUCGAGGUCAAUGACGCCAGUUUCGAACCGGCGGAAGUUAGAGCGACAAUCUGAAGCUUUUUAUAGUAGUUCAUCCAGUUUAUAUAAAGAAUAUAAGCUAGCCAACCUAAAUGAUAAUGGUCAACACACGCAUGGACGCAAUGAACAAACGGGGGUAGGGAGGACUAGCCCUGCCGGACGACCACCCUUGAGGAACACGUAUCUGUCCGCUCAACGAUCCAGCACAAACUGUCUAUCUCCAGAUAUGGCCUUACAUAGGCAUCAUCGAAAAGCGAGGAAAACUAAUCCGUUACGUCCAGGUUCCGCAUCUCCUCGUGGAGGGUCCGAUCAGGAGGCGGCAGGAGUCCGUAACGGUGAUGUCAUACGAGACCGCCAUAACAGGAGAAUGACAUUGCCUUAUUGUAUCAACAUCGAUAAAUUACAAGUCGGGGACAAAAAGAACAAAGACGGGUUCAGUGCGUCGCAACCGCAUGAGAUUUUAAUACACAGACACAAGGAGGACAAAUCAGUUCAAACACAGGGACUGGGCAUGCGCGUAGUUGGCGGAAGGGGUGGUCCCGGGGGAACUCUGGGAGCUUAUGUUACCAUGGUAACCAAGGGUGGACCGGCGGACGUUCUGGGCAUUUCUGAAGGGGACCAGGUAGUCGAGUGGAACGGGCGGUCGCUGGUUGAUGUCACGUUUGAAGAGGCUCAGGGCAUCAUCAACACUUCCGGCGACAUCGUCCAACUCUCCGUCAUACAUAGCGUCACAGAUCGGGACAGUAACCCUAUCAUGAGAAGUAAACAUCCUAUCAUCAUACGCUCAGAUACACUCCCUUCCGGCGGAGAAUGCACACCACCAAGAGACCUGUUCUUUGGCAGGCCUAAGCGAAGGAUGCUUCCAAAGACACCGGUUGAGAUCAAGCGAACAGUACGGAAGAUCAGUGGUCAGGUUUGGCUACAGCUGGACUACGACGACACAUGUCAGUGUCUACUGGUGGUUCUGCUACGGGCUCAAGCCAUUACCUCGGAGAGCAAUCACGAUCGCCGUCCCCCAAGCGUGGUGGUGUUAUUACAUCUGCUUCCCAACAGGGGGCUGUAUGAAGCGAAGGAAAGUGAAAUAAAGUACCAUACAAAGGACCCGCAUUGGAAUGAGACUUUCGUCUUUGCAAAUAUUUCAAAGGCCGAGUUACGUAGCCUUGCAAUGGAGGUGACGUUUUGGAACUUCGGGGAAAUUGAAGACGAGUUUCUGGGCGAGGUGCUGCUUGACCUCUCGGAAGCAAAGAUAGACAACUCGGUCAAUUGCUACAAUCUCGAGGACCAUGAUGAGAAUAGCUCCCCUUUACCAUACAGAAAGAAGUCCUUCUCCCUCUCUGACUCAGCUAUCAGCCCCGUAACGUCAAUAGAUACGUCGAGCAUUUAUCCCAGCAGGGACCCCUCUCCGCGUUCCUCUGUUUCAACAAGCCACGUGUCCAUGCGGACACCCGCAUACGACAAAAUGAAGGAAAUCAUGUUACACGGGAAACGUAGUCCAGCUCAUCUCUCAAAAUCUCGAGACAAGAUGGAGUUUUCGUCCUCUGCCCAGUCCUCACCCCAGCAUUCCCCGACAAGCAAUGAGUUUAAGAUCAAUAGUAGUUUGACGUCACUUGUGAAGCGAAAAAUUGGAGCAGUUGCAAGAAUGUCAACAAACCGUCGACAGAAACGGGAUUCUGAUUCCUCCGAGCCAGGCCACAUCCUGCGGAGUCAGAGCGCGGCAGACGUCCGGGACUCCGCUCUUCUCAAGCCAAACGCCUCGCCUCAACAACCCCGCAGGUCAUUCGAGGUCAAUCAACCGAAACAGGCUGACACUUACGAGCUACUAGCACCUCCCCAUCCUCUCAAUAAGGCCUCCAGCUCCGGGGUGUUCUACAAUGACGAGGAUGAUGAUUCUGACAAAGACUGUAAGAAGAGCCCGAGUCCAGACCGCCCCGCCCCUGAAGGGGAUGAUAUCACUUCUCUUUUGGGUCCCGGACAGGUGGCGCCAAAACCUUCCUUCGAAACGAGCGUUUGUGGCGACAUUAAGAUGGGUUUCAUGGUGUCGAAGGGUCAGCUCGAGAUAGAUAUUGUCGUCGUUCGGGGACUUAAAAAGAGCGGGCUAAGUAAUCCACCUGAUACAUAUGUGAAGACCUAUCUGGUUGAGGGUUCAAAAACUGUGCAGAAAAAGAAGACACAGACAGUCAGGGCGAACUUUGACCCUAUGUUUAGGAAGACAAUCAAGUACUCCGCCUGCAAUAUACACGGCAGAUGUAUAAAAGUAAACGUAUGGGAUAAACAAAAGGCCUUUGACAAGAAACAGUGCCUAGGUGAAGCAGUGGUCAAGCUUGACAAUCUGGACCUGAGCCAACAUACAAUGGCCUGGUACAAACUAUUUCCAGUGGGGGCUGCCGAAAUGGGCAGCAUGGAGUCUCUCAACUACUGGCCGGCCUUUUCAUGAUAUAUUAGGGAGAUAAAUGCUAAACCUUGUGUCUAAAAUACAAGACAACGUUGAUAACUUCUUGACUGCACCCAUAUGUGCAUAUUGUAACGGUUCUCUUACUAGCUUUCAAUAAAAUCAGACAACUGGUUGAAUUUUACCUUCUACCGGACGAUUGGUCGGAGACUUUCACUUGACUGACUAUUAUCAGUUAACUUGUCGACCGGGUUUCAUCAGAACUCGGAUAACUGGUCAAUGUUUAACUGAAAUCGGAUAAAUGGUAUUUUAACUUUAUAUCAGAUGACUGAACUAAUGUCAUGAAAUUUGAUAAGCGUUCUUCUUACGUACAGCUGCUUACUGCCAACUGAUUGACGUUUUAAUGACGUCGAAUAACUGGUCUAUUUUCUUCAAUUGUCGGAUAACCGACGGAUAUUACGUUUAUUAAUAUCUGCAAACUGAAUUUCUUUUUAUAUUGGAUGAUCGGCCUUUAUUAUGCUGUUUAAUAUCAUAAGUCAAACAGCUACUUUAACGGACUGGCUUUAACCAAAGAUGCAUGUUAUAGUUUUGUUUACAUUCUUCUGUUAAAAACAACCACAAAAACAACAUAAUUUACUUUCUAAUGUAAACUUUCGGAUGGUUGUCGUUAUUAUCUUUAAUAUUUGAAUCCAGAAAUGGUUUAAAUUCAAAGAAACUCAUUGUCCAAAAUUUCAACAUUAAUAACUCAUAGUUUGUGUAGCUGACAAUCAAUAUUUUACUGAAUCAGUGAAAUUAUAACCAUGUUAUCAAACUACUAAAUAUUUAAGUAUUACCUUUUUGAUAGAUGAUUGGUAAAACAUAAAGGGACUAUUUGAAGGACUAUCAUAUCUAAUAGUUUGUGUUACCUACAAGCUUCACACCAAGAUUAACAACGUGCACGUGUAACAGAUAUACAUAAAAAGAGAUUAUUCUAACAAAGUACCACUUAGUUUUGUUGGUAACAAUUUGAAUACUUAGAGUGGUAGUUAAAUCUUGUCUUUCAUGAUGUUUUUAAUCAAUGGCAGACAUGCUAUACAAAAUAUUAAUUGGUAACAUUCCAUAUUUAUGUUCAAUUUACUUAUAAUACAUAUAUUGCUCAAAUAUGUCUACGUUUCUUUUGGAAAUGUUACGCGAGAUGUUUUCUAGUCAUAGGUAGUUGAACGAUUUCAUAUGAUGAAUUGUUUACUUUAUGGAUAGUUAAUGAUUAAAUAUACAAUUAUGUGUUGAUGAGCCAAAUCAAUUCCCUAUUUUCACCCUUUUACUUUUUGUUGUGAUAACGAU